ACUGCGAUAUCGACGGCUGGUGGUCGAAUUUUAAAAGCCAACUACACAGUUAUCACCCAGAUUCAACGGAGGUUUUGGCGCGAAGGCGUACACGUGUUUCAUCGGCCUAAAAUAAGAGUCAAGAUGGCCGAAAACUCUAGCCUCCCGGCAUUACUUCCCGAACUCCUCGCCAACAUCAUCGUAGCAGCCAAUGGCACAAACGAGACAGAAGACGUAAACGCAACUGCACUCACCAAGCAUGAAUUAAAAAUCGUGGAGAUUUGCACCGAGGGGUGGUACCCGCCAAACCACAUGUUGUUUCAGUUAGGGAAUAUGGGGCUGCUGGCGGCGUUUAUGUUACCCACGAACAGUAAAUACGGCGCUCUCUUUCUACACUCUUUUCUCGUCCUUGGUUUUCUCUUUUUCUGUACGUGGGCCUGGGUGGUGCUCUGCGCUCCUGACAUCUUCUCGUGGAACUUCGCCUUCCUCCUCAUCAAUGCUGUUCAUAUGUUCUCAAUCCUCUAUCGCCUCCGACCUGUCAAGUUUUCACCGGAAUUAGAAGAAAUCUAUGAAUCCAUAUUCCAACCUCUGAAGUUUCCAAGACAUCUGUUUAAAAAGCUGACCAGCUCAGAAUACGCCACCCUACUGAACCUGAAUCCUGGAGCUAGUUAUGCUGCAGCUGAAAUGACGAAGACUGAUAGACUAGCUUUGCUUAUAUCAGGAAAUGUAAAGGUAAUUUCUCAAAACCAAGUACUCCAUCAUAUUAGACCAAAAGAGUUCUUCGACUCACCAGAAUUCGAAUCAACAAGAACGGGCGAGGAGAAGUUUCAAGUGUCCAUUGUGGCUGUAUCCCAUUGUCGUUACAUUUAUUGGAAGCGAGAGGCCCUACAUGAUUUGUAUGUUAAGGAGCAGUACCUCGCCCAAAUCAUGUCAACAAUCAUCGGUAGAGACAUUGCUAACAAGUUAUAUGCACUCAAUGACAAGCUCAAACGACGUGGGUCACGAAUGGACAUACGGCUACCGAGUGUAACAUCCAUCAUGUCAGCCAAUGAGCUACGAGCAUCCUUCAUCAGACAUCUCAAUUCACCAUCCCUGUUCAGCCAGUGUCCAGAGUCAGUAAUGACCAUGGGGGUCACACAAGAGGAUGACAGCGUGUUUGAAGAUGCAAUAGACGAGAAGACAGUGUUUUGCCCGAAUGGCCAAACGAACACAAUGGCUAAAGAAGCGGAUGAAGAGAUGACGUAAGGAUUGUUAUGAAACUAUGGAUUGAGAGCUAUAGAACUGUGAUGCACAGUCUUGGCGGUGAUGAAAGUGUCGGAUUUAAGCCUGGGCCACUGAUCAGCUUUUCGCUAUCGGACAAUAUUGGCUGUGAUAUGUUGACGGUAAAGUGUUAUGAACUACUGCCAUCGAUUGAGGAGGGACUUGUGCCCAGCCACGGGCUACUUGGUCUUGUCGUGGGUAUGUUACCGCAUACAAUGAAGUUGUCUCGCUGUGCGGAUGGGUCUUAGUCCAGACUAUUUUUGAACUGGCAGCUGUCACUCUGACCAAAUUAUUUUAAGUUUUCUAGCUGCCCUAUAGAAACAGAAUAAAAUGAUAUGUUAAACAUACGUCCACGUCGGUUUUCUUUUCCGUCGUACUUCCAUCUCUCUCUGUCACUGUGUGUGGAUGAAUGAAAAUCGCCAAUCAAAGCAGUAACUCCAUUAAUCGAUUUCGCAUUCGAUGCAGCUCUGUCAUAUACCCCGAGGACAGCUGCAUCCGUUCGGACAGGGUAACGGGCUCCUCCCCUGGGGAAAAGACCCUUCAAUUGUUAGUGACAGCGAUAUCCGACACUCAUUGUAGAUUGAUCAACUGAAUCUGUGACUAUGGCACUCUCUACGAACCACUCGGGAGAGGUGUAAAUUAAUAAAAAUAGUCAUGAAAGUUA